AUGAAGUUAGCAGCGGCAAUUCAUCAUACCACCACUUUGACCACUACAAUCGAAAGCAUUGAAACAGUCAGUUUAGUCGCAGCCGAAUCAACUAUAACCGAAAGCCUAACACUGGUUGGUAAAGAUCCUGACAACUAUGCACUUGCCCAAUUAAAACAUCUAUUUGCGCUCUCAAAUAUUUUGUUCCUUGGUAAGACCUCCUGCGACCCUAUGCUACAAGAUUAUUUUGAAACGAUUCGACGAAGCAUGUAUGUUUCAUUUGGAUUUAACCAGGUUACUGACAAGUUUCUUUCAGAUAUGAUGUCUCUUAUCGCAAUUAUUAACGUUGUCAACUACCAAGACGCCAUUGAACCUGUGGACGAAGCCGAAUCCGAUGCGAGUUCUUCUGUGGCCGGCUCCAGCAACAACACACCGUUCACCACCACUACCACCACCACCAUUGCCAAUGAUACCACUGAAACGAUCAGUUUGGCUGAAGCAAAAACCAUCAUCACCAACAACCUACCACUAAGAAGUAUUGACGCCGACAACAAUAUGUAUGCCAGUGGUUUGAUGCGGUUUAGGUGCAAUAUCCUGGAUUCAAUGGGGUCUCUCCUUACAUACGAGUCUCACCUACAACAUCUUGCUUUGUCAAAUAUCCUGUUCCUAAACAAGAUCUACUGUGACCCAAUUUUGGAGCAUUACUUUGAAAAGCCAAUUCCUAAAAUCCGCCUAAGCUUGUAUCAGUCGCUUGGAUUCAACCAGAUGGAAAACUUUCCUUCGGAUGUCAUGAUAAAGCAGGAUCCUGGACUUAAUCAACGUUACCGCAGACCAAGUCCUUUUCCAUAUAAUUCAAUGCGUGAAGACGAUGGUAGAGCCACUUCCCUUUCACAAUCAGAAGAAGGAGAUCAAAGAGCUUGA